UUUCAGUACCAAAAGCGGUAACCCCGAGUUACACUCCGGCUUACCAUGCAGCGUUGCUCAGGGAGUCCCUGCAGCGCUUACCUUGUCCUUCGCUACCGCGAUGCGUCCCCCCUGCAGCGUCCCCGGCCAUCUCCUCCGGCCGAUGCUGGCAUCCGGCUUCCGUGUUCCGGUCCCUGUGGCGUCGGGACAUACGGGCGCAAAUUUGAAAUUUUUUUUAAAAUGUCAUUUUUUUUUUAAAUGAUUAUUACAUAUGCUUUGUCCUGUCCCCUGCCUGCAUUUUGACUGUUCUUUCUG